AUGCGUGUCCUAUCCCUUCUCUUUUCACUCAUACUUGGAACUUCUCUUGCUUCUAAAGGAUUCUUACCGGACGCCUACCCUGCCUCCAUAGAAGCUGCUCGUCACAUUGACGAAUUCUUCCGAGCAACCAACAACAAUGACAAGGCUGGAAUUAUCCGAUUGGUUAAGACGGAUCCAAGUGACCACCAAAAUAUUGACACCUUCAUUUCGACCUACCAACAAAUAGAUUACCGCUUCAUGUCUGCCAAAUUCACGGAGGAAAAUGUCAUGGAAUUGGAUCUAUUCUUUAUAAGUAAAUCCACGAGAGCUCAGAUUCCAGUGAUCUUCUCCUUGAUUAAGUGGCCCGCUAGCCCGACUGGUUGGUUGAUUCAAGGAGCUCGUAGAGAGAAAUCGAGUAGUGGAAAACGGAAGAUGACUGGGGACGAUGUAAGCGAUAUUGUUAUCUGCUGGGCCAAUUUUUUCAUGUGUAUGGUUAAUAUGGUUGCGGGUAUUUUGACAGCAGCCAUUGGAUAA